UAGCCGACUUGUUUGUGUGCCUGUGUUUGAUAUUACGCAUCGCUAAAUAUGCUAGAACCUCAAUAGAAAUUCAGCGUAUCUACUGUAACUUUGGCGCUCCAGCUUCCUACCUCAACAUGUACUCCAGUAUUCUCUUCAUGGGCUACAUCGCUGCAAACAGGUACAUGAAGAUCGCACGGCCACUGGAGACUCACACGCUGCAAACAGUCCGCUCCACACGCUACAUCUGCAUCGUGACCUGGGUCGUCCUGCUGUGCUCAAAUUGUGCCUACAUUGCUGCUUUUGUCAGCGCUAAUAAACAAACCUCUGCCCACAGUGGUUUCGACUGUGACAGCUUUCAUAACAGCUUACUCAAACAGAUCUACUUGGCCUUGCAGAUCAUUUGCUUUCCAUUGUUUUUGUGUGUGCUGGUAUCCCUGAUUCUGUUCUACCGGUUGAACGUACAGAAGCUUCGUCAAGCUCAGCGCACAAUGCCAGAUCAGCCUGGCAACGCUAAGCUCAGCAAGUCAAAGCGUAACAUGCAAGUUCUGAUGGUGGUUUUCUGCGUGUGCUUUGUACCGUAUCAUCUGGUGAGACUGCCAUACGUGUUCAUCAAACCCCUGCUGCAAGACUGCACAGCAAAGCAGGUUUUCUACAUCCUGAAGGAGCUCACUGUCCUGCUCACAGUACUGAACGCCUGCUUGGAUCCACUUAUUUACUUUGUCUUUUGCAAGACCUUCAGAGCACAGCUUAACCUUCAAAGAUUUUGCAAAUCCAAAUGA